AUGGUUGUCAUAAAGAAACUCACCAAGACCCCCAAGCCAAGCAAAGGGAGGAAGAAGAUCGAGAUCAAGAAGAUCACCAACAAGAGCAGCCAACAAGUCACCUUCUCGAAACGCCGGUCGGGGCUCUUCAAGAAGGCGAGCGAGCUCUGCGUCCUCUGCGGCGCGCAUAUCGCCAUCAUCGUCUUCUCACCGGUCCACAAGAUCUUCUGCUUUGGACACCCGAACGUUGACUUCGUCGUCGACCGCUACCUCCGUGGAACUAGCCUCGAUUCCCGGGCUGGAGAUGGAGAUGGAGAUGAAGAAGGAGCGGUGGCCGACGGCGACAUCGUGCCAGCUCUGCGCGCGCUGAACGAGGAGUACGACGAGGUUUUGCAAGAGCUGGCGAGAGAGAAGCAGCGAGGCGUGCAAUUGAAGGGAGGCGAGAGGGACAGGAUGGGCGGCGGCGGCGGUGGCGGCGGUUUCUGGUGGGAUAAGGCGUUGGACAACGACAUGGCAGCGGAGGAGCUCGAGCAGUAUGUGGUCGCGGUCGAAGAGCUGAUUCAGAAGGUUGUCAUGAAGGCCGACGACAUGAUGAUGAGGUCGCUCCUCCAGCCGUAUGGGGCCACGGUGGGCGCGGCGGUGAAUGCAGCCGAGGUCGGCGACGCUGACAUGGCGGUCAACCAUUUGGUGCAUGAGAAUGAAGGGAAAGUCAACGAUUAUGGCCAAGUAGGAGGACCUGGUUUUUAUUGA